CUCAGACUCUCUAAAAUCAACACAGCUCCCCUUCUCUCUUCCAUUUCCCCACAGCUCCGCCUCCAAACCAUGCAAUCUUCAAGCGACGAAUCGGCCCCCUCAACAAGUCAAGGAGACUCAACAUCAAUAAGCUCCGGUCAGAAUCCGCCUGUUCAAAGCAAUAACGGUCGGAAUCUUCAGAUCUUGGCCCUAAAUAACAUCCCUCCAUGGGCAAAGUUGGUGUUGGGAUCCGUAGUUCUAUUGGCCAUUCCGUUAUACAGAAGAGUUAUCAGAACACAGAAAUUGAAGAAGACGGUGGAAGCAGCAGUUGAGGUGGCCGAGACCGCGGUGGAGUUGGCUGAGAGGAUGGUGGAGGAGGCGGAGAAAGUGGCUGAGGCGGCCGAGAAGUUGGCCGGAAAAGUAAUUGAGGCGCUUCCUAGUGUAAGAAUGAAGAAGGCGGCUAUCAAAUUGGAGGAACUCGCUGUAUUCGUUGAUAAGAAUGCAGAGGGGGUGGAUUCCUUAAUUAAUACGGUUGAUGAUGUGGUUGAUUUAGAGAUAAAGUUGAAACUGAAGAAUGGAGAAGAGAAGAUUAUUGCAGUGAAGGCAGUGGCACCUGCUUCCACGUAGAGGUGAGGAGGGUCCUCCAUUAAUGACAGAAAAUGGUUAGAGAAAAAAUGCUGCUUUUUUUUUAUAUGAUACUGAAGCUUCGUUUGAGACGGUUUUUUUAAUGUUUUUUAAAGCAGUUUUAUAAUACAAAGGUUUUAAUUUUUGUACUAAAAGGCUACUUCAGGAAGUAGUUGGAAAGCCGUCCCAAACAGAGCCUGAAUGUGAUUA